AUGUUUAAAAUUACUAUGGCAAAAUCAACAAAUAAUACUGCAAUAUCAAGUGCAUUAAAUUCAUUAAAACAAAAUUAUACACCAUCAAAUAUUGUAUCAUUAUAUAGUAAAACAGCAUUAGAAUUAAAAGAUGCAAAAGAAUUUUAUGGAAAAUCCUAUUAUCCCGGUCAAUUAGUGCCAAACUUUUAUCAAACCAAAUAUGAAGCAGAACAAGAUGACACUGACAAUAGUAGUAGUGAUAUUGUUAUUGACGAAAAAUUUAAAAUAGUAUUACAAACUCAACAACAACAACAGCCCCAACAAGAAAUAGAAGAUACAAAUGUUUUUAAUAUUAAUCAAUAUUUCCAAGGUUUGAAAUCGAUUUUAUUCGGCAACCAAAUCAUUCACUCUAAAUUAUUAUCAUCAACACAAUCAUUAUCAUUGAAAUAUCUAUCAAAUACUAAACAGGGUAUUGUGGUAGUAUCAGACCAGCAGACCAAUGGUAAAGGCAGGGGCGGCAAUCAAUGGGUGUCGCCAAUGGGGUGUCUAUUAUAUUCAUUCAAAUGUAAACAAACCGAUGGUACUAAACUACCAUUCCUCCAAUACGUAGCAGGUUUAGCACUCAUUGAAGCAAUUCAUUCAUUUCCAAUCGCAUCAGAUUUAAACGUUCGUCUAAAAUGGCCAAACGAUAUCUACGAUGGUGAUAGUAAUUUAAAAAUUGGUGGUAUCUUAUGUCAAUCGAAUUACUUUGAUAAUCAAUUCGAUAUCACAAUUGGUAUUGGUCUAAAUGUUACAAAUUCAAGUAACCCAACAAUUUCAAUUAAUGAAAUGAUUUUUAAAAAAGAAAACAAAAAAACAACAACAACGACAACAACAACAACAACAACAAUAACAACCACACCAACAACUACACCCACACCAAUUUAUAUUAGUAGAGAAUCAUUAUUAUCAAGGUUUUUUAAUGUUUUUGAAGAAAUUUAUCUAACAUUUACAAGAGAUGGUUUUAGAACAUUAGAAAAGAGAUAUACUGAUGCUUGGUUACAUAGUGGUUCAGUUGUACAAAUUAAAGAGAAAAACAAUCAAUAUGUUAAAAUCAUUGGUAUAACAGAGAAUGCCUUUUUAAAAUCAAUUGAAUGUGAUUCAAAUGGUAAUCAAACUUCAAAUAUUAUACAUGAAUUACAUCCAGAUGGUACUUCAUUUGAUAUUGAAAAUUUAAUUUUAAAAGAAAAAAAAUAA